CAACACCAGACUCCAGCAUCUCGAGAUUUCCCACGCCCGGUGCUGCCCGUUCCACUGCGAUAGCGUGCCUGCCGAUCCUCCAUCGCGAUCCAACAUGGUCCCGAAACCGCAAAAUGUCACGAUCCAGUCGGCUACGCACCGUCCGCUGCCGCCGCUCCCUAAGCUCCGCGUUAGACGACCGAACAAGCCCGAGACAAACCCCUGCCUAGGCAUCAUGUCUUCAGUCCUGGGAUGUUGGGCAUCGUCAGGUCAAGCGGCUGCUGCUCAAGGCUGCGCACAGCUGGAGCAAAAGUUACGGCAGUGUAUGGAUGCGCCACGCGACACCAACCCAAAGAAGAACAACAUCAACUACCAUCUCUCGCGCAUGUACCCAAACAUCGUCGGUCCUCACAAGCGGAAGUGAGACGCACUCGCCACACAUCCGCUACGUCUCAAAGACUUGUAUAUCAUAUGUACAUCGCGUCACAUGGUGCGACGUGGAACUAUCGCACAAUUAGCGUGCACGCAUGGGAGGAGUCUACUAUACUUUGGAUCAACACGGCGUUCUGGUGGAAAUACCUUUGUAGGAUGCACUGUGUAAAGAGUUGGCUGUUUGCAGACGCCCUGUAUUUUUAUCCAUGCAUAACUUAUCAUCUUUUGGCCCCAGCACU